UUUCUUGUAUGAAGUUAUAAGUGUCACUUGAAUUAUUGUUGUUUCAAAUGUCAAAUGUAAUUUAUCAAAACAAAGUUAAAAUUUAGAUUGGAAGGAAUGAGAAACGUGGAUGUGAUGGCAAAAACACAUUCUAACCGUGAUGGGAAUCCUUGUUUACCAAAAACAGUUUCCGAUGAGUACCAAACGUACGAGCCCUUAAAGCCAACUUACUUGGCAAGAUCGAACGGCAGUUAUGAUACCCUGCAAAACGUUCAAAAUGCUAACAAAAAUCUUAAAAACAAGCUCAGUAGAAACAGAGAACAAGGGGAUUUUAACAUGGAGCUCAAAGAAAUUUAUGAAAGAUUUACUAGUGAACGUUGUCUUAAUCAAAACAUUUAUGAUUCAACACAUAAAGACACAGCAUGUGUAUCAGGGAAUUUGGUGAAUUCAACGCCGACAUUGGGAAUAUGCUACGAUCAAAAUUAUUCUUAUUGUUAUACUAACACAUCAGAAGUUGAACAAGAAAAUCAUUACAGCGAAUUACAAACAGACAAUUCUGGCAGCUCUGACUUAUAUAAAAUUGCCGAUGGAAAGCAACUGAACUUAACUCAUUGCACUAUACCAAGAAAACAUUUGACUAGCAAUGAUGAAAAGCAGACAACUAUCGUAGGUCAGCGAGGAAAACGAUGUGUGUGUUUUGUAAUUGGUUUUCUUUUGGGAGGUGUCAUAGCAGGUGUGGCUGUUUUUCUGUUGCUGGAUUAUAAUUCUCAAGAUCCCGAAAAGUACAACAUUCAGGCACAGGUCUCAAAUACCAUAUCGGAAUGUGAAUUGGACACAUGGUCUUCUUGGACAGAUUGCAGUGUUUCGUGUGGAAACGGUAUACAAUAUAGAGAAAUACAACAAAAUGGAACAUUACAGAGAUGUAACCAUAACGCUGAUAAUGAUACAAGAACAUGCACAAAUAAUCAUUGCCAAGGUAGAAGAGAAUUGUUAGACAUGAGAUUCGACCCAUUUACUCUUAAUGCUAACCGGUAUUUAUCGAGAGACAAUUCAAUUCUGAGCAGCCAGAGGUCCAAUCAAACAGCCAUAGGAUCCCCUGGUAGUGGGGCACUGCAAAAGUAUAGUGGAGUCAUCGCAGACCAGUGUUUCGGAAACAGAAAGAAAAUAUAUUACCGUGUUUUAUAUAGCUAUACUUUGAAAACUGUUUUGUCUUACACUAAUCUUAUUUUAGAAGUAGGUCUUUCGCAGCGUGACGAAAUUGAUCAGUCUGAUUUUGUUGGAAAUGUACAGAAAAGGGGUUGGUCAUUUGCUCUUGCAAGAUGCGGAACUUCAAACAAUAUUUGUUUGAGGGCAAAACAUCUAAGAACAUUAAAAAUUAACGAUUUGUUUAGUGGCAACAGUGUAGGUUUGCAGAAAAAUGGUACAUUUGAGUUACUUUUAGACAGACAGAACAAUAAGUUUUCGUUGAAAAUUUCAAAUACACAAAAACCUGUUAUUUCAUUUGAAAAUGUUGCCUCGAGCAAAGAACUUUGUCCCGUAUUCGGAGUUCAUAAUAUACAAAAAGUUAAUGUUCAACUGAAGAUCUUGGAGAGUAGAGAUGUUACACAAGAAUCGUUUGAAUUAUAAAAAACAAUUUUUUAUCUGUUUGUUGUUGUAGAAAAUGAAAUAAAAAAUAAAGAACCAUUCAAGAUAGAUGAAAAGAUCAAUAGACAGAUAAUUAUAUUUAUAUAGACAUACAUGUAUAUAGAUGAAUAUAUAAAUAGAUAACUAAUAUAAAAUCCAUUGAUAUUU